CCUGACAAAGAUCCACUUAAAACUGACAUUGAACAGCCAAUGCAGUCUAGCCUGGUUCAAACCGAUGACAGCUUACUAAAGCAACCAAAAAACACAAAAAUUGAAUUAGCAGGGGAAAUUUCUCCAAAAGAGGAACAGAACGUACAGAACGUGAAGGGUGCUUUGCUUUGUGCCGACCUCAACAAGUCAGAUGAGGACAAGAUAAUCAAGAAAUUUGCCUCAACUGUGGUUACCCCUACAGAUCACAGUAUCCCCAACAUUUUAUCCAGCUCUUCACCUCUAAAGCAAGAACCUAUAGAUCUUCCAAGGGAAAAAAGCCCAGUGGGGGUGAAAGAAGUCCUUAAAUCUAAAUCCAACAGUAGUUUAAGAGAGAAACUGUCCCAUAAGGAUCAUCUGGACAAGACUUUAACUAUCCAGGAAAGUCAAAAUGAAAUGGCCUUCAUUCCACUUGAAAGGCCUAGCGUUAGCCUCAAAGCGGGUUCCCCUCAAAUAUCAGAUCUGCCCAAAGAGCUUCCUCCCAUUCAUCCCCAACCCCUGGAGCCCAAAGUCCUUAAAUGCAUCUCAGAACAAACUCCAGCAGUCAGUCAACCAGCAAAACCAGAGCUGAUUGUGAAGGAGUCAGAUGACACAGUGUUAACGCAGAAGAGUGUGGAGAUCCAUUCACUUGGCCAAGAAGAAUUGCCUAUCUGGGGUUCUCUGGAAGCGAAAGUAAAAGAUAAGGAGGAUGAAGCAAGAAAUGAAGAAAUAAAUAAGCACAAAACACCUGACAAGAUGCCAAAAGAAGAAAAUAAAGCUGAAAUGUCCUCACAAAAAUCUCUAGAAGCAGGCAAAGAAAAAGCUGUUAUUCAAGUCAAGGAUGCUGAAAAUCGCAGUUUAAAUGAACCAGAUUCCCAACAGCCGAUACCCGCCAUUGUCCUUAAACCACAACAAGCUGUGACUAUCAAGGAGAAGAAAAAAGAAGCUGUUAAAGUUAGUAUACCGGUCCGUAUGAAGCCUCCACUUCCUGUGAUCUCCCCUGCUGUUGCUGUAACGGAAAAGGACAAAAGAACAUCAGUGCAUCUGGAGGAAAUUUGCCCUCUGACUCCCAGCCUGUCUCUGAAUACAGAGUCUGAUGGAAGUGAUUUAAAGAAAAAAGUCACGUUUGAGGAAGAGAGUGUGUUAUGGGCUGCAGUAGAGGAGAAAACAAAAGAAAAAAGUGAUGAAGGUGUUAGCAUGGGCAAGUUCAUACCAGAAAAAGAGGUUCUGGAUAGGGGCCAACAUGGACAAGAAUCAUCAGAAACCAAGCCUAAGGAGCAAGAGGAUUCCUUUACCUUGUCUCAUUUCCACCACAAACUAGAUAAAAAUCCCAACAAAGAAAGCCAGAGGGAAGACAGUAAAAAGAAGACCACUGAAGACAAAGAUUCAGAUGAUAAGACGCUGCAAACUGGCAAUGAGACUAUUUGGACAACUGAAGCUGGACCUAAAGAAGACCGGAAGACUGUCAGUGUCUGUUUAGAAACCGAGCUUGGCCUUGAGCAUGAUGUAGGAACAGACAGAAACGUGGACACCUGCAUACAGGAACAUGACUCAGUUUCUAACCAGGAAGAAGUAUCUGUAGGCUUCAUACAGGGGAUUUUCGGUGUUCUGUAUAAAGGUUAUGAGACCAUGACAUCGAUACUACAGCAGCCAAGCACAACAGAAGCAGAUGUUCAAGAUGACACAAUUUUGGAUGAUCACGAUGGAUCUGUGGUUGAAAUUCUCCCUCCCGAGGCCUUCUCUGACACCAAAAUUGAGCAUCCAAGUGACGAUGAGCUUCAGGAAUCAAUAAUCCAGGAUUUGUUACCUUCUGGCGAGUUGCAGAUAGAUAUUCAAACCUCCGAGCCUGUAGCCAUGAGCUUAGUAGAGUGUUUGAAACUGGCAGCCAGAGAAACUCAAAGCGGAUCUAUGAAUUUCAAGACCCAAGAUAAAGGAAGCACUUCUAAACAGAAAGCAGCAAAUGAACAAACCCAAAUACUGACACCAAUAAGAAAUGACAAAUGCAUGAUGGUGGAAUUCAAGUCUGAGAGUGUGCUAUCAAAUGAAGAGAAGAAUGAAGAGCCGUUCUUACCUCUGGAGGAAAAAGAAGACAUUACUGCUAAGAAAGAGGUGCAAAACCGUAGCUUUGUGGAAACAGAUGGUCUGGUGACUAAGGUAGUCUUAGAGGAAAUAAAAAUGCAUGAAAGCCCAAAAAUAAAUGUGCAUGAAGAACUUCUGCCUGGCAAGAUAACAGCAGCAGAUUUAAGGCCCAUAGCAGAGUCGGAGGGUUCACAGGAGGAGCUGGAAUUUGAACUCGGUCAGGAAGACUUAGGAACAGUGUGGUCUGCUGAGCUAUAUAUGGAUGGAGGACCAGAGGAAUCUUCAAUACCGCCAAUAUCACCAAGAGAUUUCACAGCCAUACAAAAACCGGAAUCACCUCAGACUGCCUUUCCACCAGAAUCUGGGUCUAUAUUAAAAGACACUACACCAACGGAAACUAUUUCCCAACCUGUUAGCAAAGAUCUCCCUUCAUGUCAAGAAAAGAGUAUGCAGUCACCACCACCAGUGCCUUUACAGGAAGUCGGCCCUGAUGCCAUCAAUCAAAAUAGUAGCUCUGCAGCUGCUAAAAGGCAUGUGGUUCCACAAUGCGAUGAACAAGGAACCACUCCUUCACAUUUAACUAUAGAGACAGCAGCUGUAAAGACUGUUGAGAUAUGCAAAGAUGGUGCAAAUGAGACAAGUGAGAACAACUUGUCACCACUAGAGGGAGACAAUACCAUAACCAUGUGUAUAAACAACACUUCAAAACUUGAGAUGGAAAAAGAGAGCAACCCAGUUAUCACCAUGGCAUCAGAAAUUAUUAUUGUAGCAGCCACAGAAAGACCGAAAGAUAUAAAUGUAGAUGAGAACAUUGUUCCCGGGAAGGACAUUUCUCCAAGGAGCUCAGUGGUCCCAUGGCCAUUUCCUUCUCCUAAACUCGAAAGACACUGUGAGCCCUCAAAGAGUACAGAAAGUUCCAGUCUAAAGGAGGAUGACCUCUCCGAGGAGAGCGUUCUGUUAGCAAAGAUUCGUCAGAUGGCUGAAGAAGAGACGACACAGCCGUCAGCUCCUGCUCCACGCACUAAAAAACGUUUGAUCCCCUGCAAGUCUGAUUUUGAACUUCCUCCAUCUCCUCCCAUGCAACUAAAGUCUAGCAUGAAACCCCCUGUGGAUGAGAUGAGGCCAAAUUUAGGUCAGACUGAGAUUACAAAAACACUCGGACCUCCACCAUCAGUGAUUUUUCCAGAGCAGAUUGAUGAGAAGAUUGAUAUCAGUCAGUCUCAGACUCCCUCUGUGCCACUGGAGAGCUUUAAGAUAGAUGAUAACCACAGAGAAGCCAACGCUAGAAAUGCUAUUUUAGAUGAUAAUGUCCAGUUAAACAAGCAUGAACAAAAUAUUCAGCUGGAAUGUAUGGGAGCGGAAAGGGAGUGCCAAGAUACACCAGCUGUUAAGCCCACAAACCAGACAGAGAACACAGAAACAGAAGCUGAAACCGAGAACAAGGAAGAACCAAAAUUAAGUAUUGAUAGAAGUGAAGAGGCUCAAAUAGAGCAGGAUAAACCACCAUCUCCAGUGCCUGAUGAAUUGUCUGGUCAUACUCAGGAAAAGGAGUCCUCUGAUGUAACCCCAGAGACUAAAGAGAGCGAGACGCCAUCUAGGAGCCCAGGCACCAUGCAGGUUAAUGGCCAGACUACUGCAGACUCAUCCCAUGUGAUUGUUCCUCCAAUGCGCAGUAAAAAGAAAAUAAUUCCACCACCAAUGGACCUUUCAAUAGUAAAAGCAAUGGAUGAAUCCAUUAAAGAGGGAUCGGCAGUGCCUGGAUGGGAUUUUGCCAGUCCACUGCCCAGUCCUGGUUUGGUGACCUCCAGUCAGUCCUUGCUGGAGUGGUGUAAAGAGAUCACUAAAAACUAUAAAGGAGUAAAAAUCACAAACUUCAGCACCUCUUGGCGUAACGGUCUGGCAUUCUGUGCCCUCUUACAUCACUUCCACCCUGAGAUAAUUGACUUUGAUGCAUUGGAGCCUCACAACAUAAAGCAAAAUAACAAGGCUGCUUUCGAUGGGUUUGCAUCACUGGGAAUCUCUCGUCUGCUGGAGCCCUCAGACAUGGUGCUUCUCUCUGUGCCAGAUCGUUUGAUAGUCAUGACAUACUUGUGCCAAAUCCGUGCACACUUCACUGGGCAGGAGCUGAGUGUGUUACAGAUAGAGCAGAAUAACAGUCAGUCCAGCUAUGCAGUUGCCAGGCCAAACCAAGGGCCGGAUGUACACGCAGCAGCCAAAUUCUGUGCAGAGAGGCUCCAAGCUGGAGCACUGUCAGGAGACAGUAACAGCAAAGACUCACUGGGAGAGGAGGGAACUGACACUGUGGGUAAGCCAAACGGAGCUCUUGUUCCUCCACCUCGGACUAAACGUGCAGGAAAGGUGGAAGACCUGGGCAGUAAGGAGACAGAGAGAGGAGCGCAGACUCCUGUGGCCCCGCCACGAUCAAACUCAGUGGCUUCCAAAUCAGGAUUUGGCCACAUACGAGAUGCGGAUCUGGUGAAGAAACGGCGGUCGUACCUGAAGAGUGAAUCCAUGGAUGAGACUGAUUCCAAGGAGCAGCCAAAGGAGUCAGAUAAAGGUGAGCUGACAGCUGAAGGAACUAAUGGCUCAACAGCUGCCAGAGAAAGUGCUGAAACUGAACUUCAGGAAGCAAAACAAGAUGUUAAAUCAGCAGAUAAUGAGACAAUGUGUCUGCAGGACACCAAUCAGUAUGUGUUGAGUGAACUUCAUGCCCUGGAAACCGAACAGAAGCACAUAGACAGAAGAGCUGCAGUCGUGGAGAAAAGUCUCAGAAAGCUCAUGGAGACAGGAAGUGAUAAAGUUGAAGAAGAGAAGCUGAUUCAGGAAUGGUUCACGCUGGUCAACAAGAAGAAUGCUCUGAUCAGGAGACAAGACCAUCUGGAGCUGCUGCAAGAAGAGCAGGAUUUAGAAAGAAGAUUUGAGCUGCUAACUCGAGAGCUCAGAGCCAUGAUGGCUACUGAAGAAUGGCAGAAAACUCAGGCCCAACAGCACAGAGAACAGCUACUGCUACAGGAACUGGUGUCACUGGUCAACAAGCGGGACGAGCUGGUCAGAGACAUGGAUGCAAAGGAGAGAGGGGCUUUGGAGGAGGAUGAGAGACUGGAGAGAGGUCUGGAGGCAAGACGUAGAAAAUACAGCAAUAAGGAAAAGUGUGUUCUUCAAUAAAGAAACUCAAAUUGUUAUGAGAGCUGUGGCUCACUGCACCAGAGCUGAUCCUAAAUGACUUGGACUACACCAGGACAUUAGUGUGCCUUGUUAUAACUUUCAAAGACAUUUGGCUUAAACGUGAAGCCCUUCCUCAAAACAUCGUAAAGAUCUCAGCGACAUCUCAGUGGGAUACAAAUCAUGUCCAGUUUAGAUCAGACAAGUUAUUCAUUGAAAGUUUGCACAAUGUUUUGAAGGUUUUCCCAGGUUUCACUGGUCGAGAGUUUAGUAUUUUAAGCAAUAUUACUUUAAAUCUUAAAACCUGAAAGAAGGUCUUUAUUGUUUUAUUGGACAAUAAACAAACAGCCUUCACACACCUGAAUGGUUGCAAACAGUUGAACUGAACACAAGAAAUAAUAAGAAAAAGGGAAGAAUCCUGCACAAUGCUGUAGGUUGCAAGAAAUCCAAUAUUUAUUGAGACUUCUGUCCCACAACCUUAGUCAGGAUUUUAAUUUUUUUUUCCUGAAACAAAUAAAACUGCUCAAUAAAUAUUUCUUACAAUCUGAUCAGGCAAGCAGGGUUUUCUCUCCUUCGUGAUGUUUGUCAUUUUGACUUGCGCCAAAGUUUUUCUGUUUUUACAUUAUUUAUUUAAAUGUGUUGUUUCCUGGUAUGCCAAAAUGUCUCUGUUGGGCUGUUGUCUUGUAUUAUCUGCAAAUUAUGUUUCAUCAGACAAUAUAUUUCUCCAAAUGAAUGUAUUCAUAAAGUUAUUUUGCAUUGCAGUGCCUUUAGAGGUUUAAUACCUUUUGAAAAGGGGCUUUUUAUAUAAAAUGAAGCCAUUCUGUAUUUUUCUGUUUUAAACCUUAAAAGCUAAUUCAAAAUGAAAAAUAUUUAAGGAUUGUUUUAUAGAUAUAUAAAAAAGUAUUUUGUCCAUCUGUACUCUUUUUGAUAUUUAAAUGUUAUUCAUUCCUAUUUUAAGAUUUAGGAUGUUUUAUUCAAUAAAGUUUGAUGCUGUUUGAA